CUUUUGAAGAGAAAGUAGGCCCAAAUGUACGCUACAUCUAUCGAUAACCUUCAAAAUGUGACAAACUAAAUCUUUCUGCAUGGGAACAUUUAUAGUGUUGGAGAGGAUACACGUCUGUGGAAUUGCUUAUUAUCUCCAGAAUUGCUACAAAAGGUCAGGUUUAUGUUAAGUUUGGAUUUAGAUAUAUCUGUUUUUUUUAUUGUAAAUUCCUCAUUGUAAGGGCAAUGACCUCAUCUUAUUUAUCAUGACAGGCUACAUGACAGUUGUGUGUUCUGUGGCUCUCUUUAUUUGAAGUCCGCACUGAACGUCAAUUUGAAUAAUCCACGUUGAGACAUGUUUAUUUGUUUAUAGAGUGUCCAAUAAUAAGAUUAGUAUCAGUUUGCUCUCCACAGCAGGCUUGAGGUCGGAGUAUCUUCACUGUCACCCCGAGAGUGUUUCUCUUCUUUUCUUCAAAGCAACAGGUGCUUCUGGAUGUGAUGCUGCAUUCAGGGGACAUGUGGGAAUCGGGUACCUAUACCAGUCUUUUCUAUGACAGUCUUCUUUCUCAGCUUCGAGUUGGAUAAUAGCGUUCGAGACAGCUGACCUUUGUUUACUAAACAAGAGCAACCCUCGCGGUAUUUAGUGCAGCGCCACUGUGACUGUCAAUUAGUCGCAUCCACGAUCUUUAUUGGAGGCGUUUGAACGCCUCACAGACCCCGCCUCUCGUGAAUAGUUGGGAGUUUUAAUGCCCCUGGGUGUCAACGGAGAAGUUGAACUCUCAGGCCAGUAAUCAGGUCGACGGCCCUCCGAGGAGGUCUCUGUGCUCCCCUCGCUGUGCUCAGUCUCUGGUUCAGCUGGACGCCAGUCCGCAUCUCCACUGUCAGCAUGUCAGCGUCCCCUCGGUUCUUCACGGAGAGGGAGGCGGCCCUCCACAGCACCAAGGACUCCUGCUGGGUGCUGCUGGGGAACAGGGUGUACGACGUGACCUCUUUCUUGCGGACGCACCCGGGCGGGGAGGCGCUCAUACUCGGGCGGUCAGGCGGGGACGUUCGCCGGGAGAUGGAAGGACCCCCGCACCGGCACUCGGAGAACGCCCGGCGGUGGAUGGAGCAGUACUACAUCGGAGAGUUGGAAGGAGACAGCGGCACGGACGAGGCACAGACUCUGAGAGAGAGGAGGAAAGCCAGUGAGACGGGAGACGAGACGACGGACGAGAAUGCCGAUUACAACCGCUGCAGCUCCGUGGACCUGGACAAGGAUUUGGUGGACUGGCGGAAGCCGCUGGCAUGGCAGGUCGGCCACCUGGGAGAGAAGUAUGACGCGUGGGUUCAUCAGCCCGUCGACAGACCAAUCAGACUGUUUGGAAACCCGUUGCUGGAGGCCAGCACCAAGACUUCCUGGUACUGGGUACCAGUGGUGUGGCUUCCUAUUGUGUUUUAUGUCAGUUGGCACUGCUACACCACCCUGGCUAAGGGCACCACAAGGCUCGACCUCACAUCAGGCAUCUCAGUCCCGAUCCACAAGUACUUCUUCCCGCCGCUCUUUCUGCUGGGCUGGUUCUUGUGGUCGUUCAUCGAGUACUGCAUCCACCGUUUUGUCUUCCACAUGAAACCGCCGGGCCACAACUACUACCUCAUCAUGAUCCACUUCCUCCUGCACGGACAGCACCACAAGUCUCCGUUCGACGGCUCCCGGCUGGUCUUCCCCCCCGGCCUGGCCUCCCUGGUGGUGGGAAGCUUCUAUCUCCUCCUCUGCAGGACGCUCCCUGAGAUCCUCGGGACGUCCGUGUUCGUCGGAGGCCUGUGUGGCUACGUCGUGUACGACAUGAUCCACUACUACCUGCACUACGGUUCGCCCAAGAGGGGCUCGUACAUGUACGGCCUGAAGGCCUACCACGUCAAACACCACUUUGAGCACCAGAGGGCAGGUUUCGGAAUAACCUCCACGUUCUGGGACCACCCCUUCAAAACAGUCAUCCCCGGGGAGAAAUUCUAACACGGAGACGGCUCUCCUGAAUGACCCUCCAGCUAGCGACCCGCCCACGUGCUGUAACCACCCCGUAUUUCAAACUCCGCCGCCACAGCUUUACCAAACCACGGAGGAUCCGACGAGUACAUCUUCCUCUUUGACUCCGGCUCGCCAAACAUUACUGGCCCGAGCUCGGUCAUGUGGGUGCGCACCAGGACGCACCAGGACGCACCAGUACACACCGGUUCCUCUCUGUGAUCAUGCACGUGCACAUCUGUGUACUUCCAGCUGUAGAAUAGUAUAUUGCACAUUCAAAAUCACACUGAAGAAAACGCGCUCUUUGCCCGCUUCCUAAAUGUUCGCCAGCAGCGCGAAAGGACGCGGUCGCACGUGCGCAAAAUUUGCAUCUCCACUUUCAACUUCAGCGCCAUCGCAGCCUCAACGUGCGCGCUUGGCCCCAGUUGGCUCCGCCCACGUACAGCUUUGAAUAUCGCCUCAUGUGUGACCACGCCCUGACGCCAAAUGAACGUAGACCCACAUUCACGCAAAAAGAAACCGUGUGCAGCCGUCUAGAGAGGUUCUUUUGGCCUCACUGUACAGCUGUGAACGGAGAACGUUUGGUUUCAGAUAUUUGAACAUGCUGUUGGGAUUUAAUUUAUUAUGCAAUGUCAUGCUAAUGUCACAUAAAGCCAAGUCCCACAUGUUUCUAACCACUAGAGAUAUAUUUUUGCAAGUCUUUUGUAAUACCUCGUCCGUUUUCCGUUUCGUCGUUCACGACACAACAAAGAUGUCGAAACGAUAUUUUGUAAGAUGCAAAAGAGGAAGGUGUUUAAUUGCGUGAGCAGACUUUCUUUUUUUUUAUCGCCGCUGCGUUGAGAAAACAAAUGUGUUGGGAUGUAGAGAUGGAUGGAUGUAGUGCGUUGCCAUGGCGUCAGAGGGACGGAGCUGAAGGCAUGAGGCCGGCCUGUCAGACUUCCUGCUGUGGGGAUCUCGGGGUUCUUUUAUUUUUUCGUGGCCCCCAACAGGAUGACGAUGGAUGCACCAUUUGACCGGGCAGCAGGAGGCCCUGAUGGCGACCGGUGGAUCCUCACAACGCCUCCUCUAAACACUCCACGGCAACACUGAUAACUAAAGCAGAACAAACCUAUUAAAUAACAUUUACAUGAAUAAGUAGAGCAAAGUGAAAAUAUACCACAACUGCAGAAAAUCAUCUCUCAUCCACUUCUAGUUUGAAGAAGAUACCCCUAUUUACAUAAUAUACACAUGUACAUACAUUCCUACGUAAUGUAAAAUAACAUGCUAAAUCUAUUUCAGAACAUUUAUGAAGAGGAAAUAAUAACAAUAAUGCAGUGAAAUGAUUCCAUGUGUGUAUUUUUUUUCUCUCCUUACUAUUCAGUACAGUUUUCAGGUAAACCUUCAGAGGGCUGUGUCGCCAAAACACUGCUUCUGAUAAAUAAAUGAAAAGAGAAAACCAAAGAUUCCUUUUGAUGUCGGUAAUGACAGUCGAUGAUGACGAUGAUGAUGAAGAAGAUGAGUGUAAUUAUGCAAACUGAUUCCGGUGGCUGCUUGGCAAAGUGGAACGAUUCCACCCGUUGGAAAUGAAGUCCAAGCAGAUCUUAUUUAUGUAUAUUUACAUGAUACUGAUGAAAGACUACAGCUUGAUCCUGACAAGUGGACUUUUCAUUGUGCUAAAUAAUGCAGCGUGAAAUGAUAUUCCCUGCAUCUGUUUACUUUAAUAUCUUAUAACUUUUAUUUUGGAAGUGUCUAUGCAAAUGCAUAAAAAAAAAAAAAGUGUUUGUAAAUAAAUGCCUGUAUAUUUCUGA